AUGCUACUUUUUUUUCUUGUUGGUUUGCUAGUCCAUCUGGUUUUUUUUGGCUCAAUUUUUGACAUUUACUUCACAUCUCCACUGGUCCAUGGAACGACCCCACAACAGACUUCACUGCCGUCUCCGGCAAAACGUCUAGUACUAUUUGUGGCUGAUGGCUUGAGAGCUGACACAUUUUUUGAGUUGGAUGAAAAUGGAAUUUCUCGGGCGCCCUAUCUCAGAGAAAUAAUCCAGAACAGAGGUAGCUGGGGUGUGUCUCACACUCGAGUUCCUACAGAAUCCAGACCGGGACAUGUUGCCUUGAUAGCAGGCUUCUAUGAAGAUGUCAGUGCAGUUGCAAAAGGUUGGAAGGAAAACCCAGUUGAAUUUGAUUCUGUUUUUAAUGAAAGUAUGUACACAUGGAGCUGGGGCAGCCCUGAUAUUUUACCCAUGUUUGCAAAAGGUGCCAGUGGAGAUCAUAUAUUUACACAUUGUUACUCUGCAUCAAGUGAGGACUUUGCAUCUGAAGAUGCUACAGAACUGGACACUUGGGUAUUUGACAACGUGAAGAAUUUCUUCAGGUCUGCCCGCAACAACCAAACACUAUUCAAGAAAUUAAAUGAAGAAAGAAUAGUGUUUUUCCUUCAUCUGCUUGGUCUAGAUACCAAUGGACAUGCUCAUAGGCCGGGGUUCCAGUGAGUACAAAGAAAAUGUGAAAAAAGUUGAUGAAGGUAUCAAAGAGAUGGUAACCCUGAUUGAAGACUUUUAUGGAUAUGAUGAUAAAACAGCUUUCAUCUUUACCUCUGAUCACGGCAUGACAGACUGGGGUUCUCAUGGUGCAGGUCACCCUUCUGAGACAUUGACACCACUGGUUGCUUGGGGAGCCGGAAUACAUUAUCCAAGGCAAAAUGAACUGCAGCAUGUAAUUUUCUUUCCAGAAUGGAAUUUGGAAAGCUUUCAAAGAAUUGAUGUCAACCAGGCAGAUGUGGCUCCGCUCAUGACAGCUCUCAUUGGAGUCCCUUAUCCUCUUUAACUCAGUGGGUAUUUUGCCUGUGGAGUAUCUUAACAGCAGCAGUCUUUUUUUAAAGCAGAGAGUAUGCUUACGAAUGCUCUUCAGAUUCUGGAGCAGUUCAAGACCAUACAACUUAAAGGAGAAGUAUGGAUAAAGCUAUUUUGGCCUAUGUCACCUAUGGAUCAUAGGAGUGUGACCCGUUUUCAGCCAUUUUUA